AUGGCACAAGCCAAACCAACUUCACUCGUCCUUGCUGACGCCGACCACCUCAUCUACGACACCUCUUCCACCCCUCCCACUGCAGUCUACGGCCUCAGCACGAACAUCGAAUCGCUCACUUACAAAGACUCUUCCCUGAACUUCAGUCGCGCGCUCCAUCAAAAAACGGCAUCAUCAUCAACACUCGAAUCAGACCCCGCGACACAACAAGAAGGCGACCGCCUCUACAACCUCGUCCACCCCCUCAACGCAGACUACCGCACCGACAUCCCCGCCCACUUCUUCCUCACCUGCCAUUCCCCAUCCCUCUCCCCCGUGGGCAACAUUAAACUCACCACCUCCAAGUCCCUCCUCUCCAGCAAACCUGACAAAAUCAAAGCGGUGCACUACCCCAACCGCACAGCAUCGACCUCCCCACUAUUCCCCGACGAAGAUGCCACUGAAAAGGUUCUCCUCACGUGCAGCAAACAAACAUUUGGCAAGGGCUACACCUGGACAAACUCGCAAAACAAGGAAGUGGCACGAGAGGAAGAGCUCAAGGACGGGGAUGCUGUCAAGGGCAGAAGGUUGAUUUUCACAAGUGGACAAAUCACCCAGGAGGAAAAAGACGCCCUUGUUGCAGUUUGGGUUCUGAAACGGUGGGUGGAAGUGGCCGAGGAGAAGGGAUUUAAGAAGGAGGCGCUGGACAAGCUGUCUCCGGCCGAGCAAGCGGUCAUGGAUAUGAAGUGGUUCAAGCGGGCGGGGGGGUUGGCCGGGUUGGCGGCUGCGGGAGGGGCUUGCUGA